AUGGCGACGUUAAACAGCGGUCCCCCGGGACACGAGAAGGACGGCAUCGCGCAGGAGGUCGCGGCGGACGCCUCCGUCGUCGCCAGCGACAGCCCCCCGACGUCCACGUCACAGACAUCACCAACUACCGAGAAGGCAUCGAUCCCUGCCGGGCCGCCGGACGGUGGUCUGCAGGCAUGGCUCCACAUCCUUGGCUCGUUCUUCCUGUACUUCAAUACGUGGGGCUUGAUAUCCAGCUUCGGCGCCUUCCAGGCCUUCUACCAGUCCGACAUCCUCAGCGGCAGCACCCCCUUCCAGAUCUCGGCCAUCGGCUCCCUGCAGAACUUCCUCAUGGUGUUCCUGGGCUUCAUCAUCGGGCCCAUCUACGACCUCGGCUACUCGCGCCACCUCCUCGUCGUCGGGUCCGUCCUCGUGCUCGCGGGGCUCGUCCUGCAGGCCUUCUGCCGCACCCUGUGGCAGUUCCUCCUCUGCCAGGGCGUCGUCAUCGGCAUCGGGACGGGCUGCCUGUCCACCCUGGGCGUGGCGCUGCCGUCGCAGUGGUUCUCGACGAGGCUGGCGCUGGCCAACGGCAUCGCGGCCAACGGGAGCGGUGUUGGCGGCCUCGUCCUGCCCGCCCUGUUCCGCGCCAUGCAGCCCAAGAUCGGCUUCCGCUGGACCGUCCUCGUCUUCGCCCUCAUCUCGCUCGUCACGCUCGGCGUCGCCAACCUCGUCAUCAAGACCUCCAAGCUCAAGAUCCCGCUGAAGCGCCGCCCGCUCGUCGACCGCUCCGUCUUCCGCGACGUGCCCUUCCUCUGCUUCCUCGCCGCCUGCUGCCUGCUCUUCCUCGGCAUGUACACGCCCUACGUCUACGUCCAGACCUACGCGCUCGACAGGGGCAUGGCGAGCGAGGACGUCGCCCUCUACCUCCUCUCCAUCCUCAACGGCGCCUCCAUCGUCGGCCGCAUCGUGCCCAACUUCUUCGCGCCCCACGUCGGCAUCAUGAACAUGAUCGCCGCCGCCGUCUUCGUCAUGUCCAUCGCCGCCUUCUCCUUCGCCGCCACCGACAGCCAGGCGUCGCUGAUCGCCGUCACCGUCGUCUACGGCUUCUUCAGCGGCACCUUCUUCGCGCUGCAGCCCACGACCUUCGUCAAGCUGACGGCCGACAAGAGCUACAUGGGCACGCGCUUCGGCAUGGCCUUCACCGUCAUGUCGGUGGCCCUGCUGUUCGGCUCGCCCAUCGCCGGCGCGCUGUCCAGGUCGCACGGCUACCUGAGCGGAUGGAUCUGGUCGGGCUGCUGUCUGGCGGCGAGCGGCGCGACCAUCUACGUUGCGCGCGGCUUCUCGGGCGGUUGGAAGCCGAACAAGGUUGUUUGA